AAUUACAGGAAACCCGACUCAAAACGACCUAGAUGAACUGUGACCUCGGAAGCGUAUGUAGUUUUACAAACAAUCACUGAAGCUAAUGUAUUGGCUACCUCAAGAUAACUUAAAACCUUAGCGUUGCGAAACUCAACGAAGAGAUACAUAACACCAACACUCAACACACAAUCGUAUUCUCGUUUGGAAAGACACGAAGAAUACAAAACUGGCACCCCCACUCCCUGUCACGAUGCCCGCUCUAUUGGAGAGACCAAAGCUGUCCAAUGCGAUGGCUAGAGCGCUCCACAAACACAUUAUGCGGGAAAGGGAACGAAAGAGACAAGAGGAGGAAGAGGUGGACAAGAUGAUGGAACAGAAGAUGAAGGAGGAGGAAGAAAGGAAGAGAACUAAAGAGAUGGAAGAGCGAAUGUCAUUGGAGGAAACAAAAGAACAGGUUCAAAAGAUGGGGGAAAAGUUGCAGGGGCUUCAGGAGGAAAAGCAUCAACUCUUUCUACAGCUGAAAAAGGUCCUGCAUGAAGAGGAGAAGAGGCGUAGGAAAGAGCAGAGAGUCAGUUUUAGGUCUGGACCCAUUGUCAGCCCAGGUUCAACUUCACGACUGAUGACACGAUGUUACACGAAUGAGUUUCUUGAGGGAAAUUCUCAAAUGUCAUGUGACAUCACAACAUUGACCUCCGCCAGCUACCAGUCCAGCAUACCCAUGCACGGGCAGCACCUGCUCAGCAUGCAAGGCAGUCCUGUCGGUCACAGUCGGUCUGGAGGGCUACUCGCUGACCGUAGCAAGCAGCUGUUCCAGACUCCUGUCAUUCCUGGUCGUCCUUUCCCUGGCCAGGCCGGCUUCAGCACGGGCUCCAGUGAGCACGGUCAGUUCACGGCGGGACAGGCGGUGCACGAGCCGUACGUGGUGACCACUGCCCAGCACCCCUCCAGCUACGCCGCCAGUUCCUCCGUGCCCAUCAGCUUUGCCAGCAGCUCCCAGAUCCGAGGGGCCUCAGCGUUCCAGGCCAUGCAGUAUCUGCCUCAUCAACCACAAGGCUUUGCCGUUCACGCCGGUCACUUCUCUUCUCAACCAGGCUUCAUACCCAGUGCUGGAAUCCCCCUUCAAAAACAGUUGGAACAUGCCAAUCAGCAGUCUGGCUUUACUGACUCGGGCGCCCUGAGAUCCAUUCCCCCCCACGCCCUCCAUGUCAGUGCUGCUGGCCUCCUGCCCACUCCCUCCAUGGCUGUCCAGAUCCCCAGUGCCAAGGCUUCCUUUCCAGCCUCGGCCCAGCCGGCCCCCCGCCAUGCUCUGUUCUCCCACACCCAGCCUGGCCAGAGAUUCUAUCACCACAGCAAGUGACCAGGCCCCUCUUCCGACCAAACAGUCUUUUUCCUGUUGAGGAUACAUUGUCAUGAUCUAACUCAAAAGACACUCUCCCAUUGCCAUGGUUACUGUUGAACUGGACAAAUUCUCAUACCAUGGGGCGGUUGUGAUGACCACCGAAUGACAAAAAUGUACAGCAAUGUCUGCAUCUAUUUUAGUAAAUAAGUGACACGUUCUUUUGUGCUCUGAAAUGUAAAGAAUAAAGAUGAAAACCGAAGACCUCAUGUGAAUUUUGACUGUAAUUGGUGUUCAUAUCAGCUUCACAUUCCUUAGUUGCUUUUAGUUCCUUUUCACCCCCGUGAUGGUCCUUGUCAGAGGUGAGUUUGCCAUGUUUUAGUUUUUAAAUGUUGUAGAGAGACCGAUAGCUUCAGUCCUAUCCCCCAGUCUGAUGGUGAAUGUGAGCAGUUCCUACUACCUCUUAGUAGUAUCGCCUGCUGCAAAUGUCUAGUCCAGGGCCGCGUUUCCCAGAUUCGUCAAGAAGCUCUUACGUGCUAAGAACUUCUUAGGACCAAUCUUAGAACGUUCUUAGAGUGCUCCCAAGAAGUUCUUAGCACUUAAGAGCUCCUUUAAAAAUCUGGGAAACGUGGCCUGCAACUGUUUGUGUCUCUGGUUUCAUCUCUGGUGGCACAGCUGCAUCAGUACGCGGUUGAGGCAUGCAGUGAAUAGACAGCCUGGCCCACCUCUGGAUUCAGGCACAGUGCCUGAGAUCUUUAAGCCCCAAGUAAAGGAGAAUUGUAGUAGUUUUAACUCAGAAUGUGCCGAUCUACCAGCCAUGCAUGCACUGCCUUGUGAACCCUGGAGAAAUGGGAAGUACUGUUCUGGGACCUGUUCAAUGCUUUAUCGCUUGUAGCUAUUAACAGGAGGAGAUCCCUGACCAUCCAUUAUUGAGCCCUCGCCAGCUUGACUGUGAUGUUGCUCUGUGUGAGUGACACAAUCGCUUGUCUCUGUGUGCUGUGUUUUUGCUGAAGCAUUAAGUCUUGUUCAACAUUUUAUUUUUAUUUCAGUUGUUACAACAGCAGAACAGAAAAAUAUCUCAAGAUGUUAAAACCAAAAAUAUGUUGUAGUUCCCAAUGUCAAACACGCUGUGACCUUUUUACACUACAACAAAUAAAGUAAAUUUUUGAAAUCAAA